AUGAAUCCCGCUUCCUCCCCACCCCUGGGCCCGAAACCCUUGUCAGCCCUUCCAUCGCACCUUUUGAAUGGUAACUCGUCAUUGAAUCCUUCAGCAAGCAAUUCCACCAGUGCCCGCGAACGUGAAAGCCUCAAUUCGUCUAUCCGUUCCUCCUUCCGCGCCUCCGUCGAUAGGACCCAAUCUGGCUCGGACCCAAUGGCUGAACCGACCACAGCAGCUACCACCCAUGGUGCUCCCCGUGACCCCCGAGAUAAGACCGGGCCCCCAACACCCCCAUCUACCGUUAGUCGACCGGCCAGUCCGUAUACCAUGGUACCGCCCAUUGAUUUCGAUGGUUUAAGUUGGCCAUGCCCUGGAACGAAGGAACGGCUUGAAGAAAGCCCAGAGCAGCAUGAGGAACGAGUGAAAAAGCUCUCAGGAGCGGUGAGAACCAUCUUAGAAUGUGUGGGAGAGGACCCAGACAGAGAAGGUCUUUUGGAGACACCCGAACGCUACGCCCGCGCUAUGCUUUGGUUCACAAAGGGGUAUAUGGAGAAUGUUCGAGAUCUUGUGAAUAAUGCCACGUUCAUGGAGGAUCAUGACGAACUCGUGAUUGUCAAGGACAUUGAAGUCUUCUCUCUGUGUGAGCAUCAUAUGGUGCCAUUUACUGGAAAGAUACAUAUUGGCUACAUUCCAGAUCGUCGAGUUCUUGGUCUCUCGAAACUAGCUCGCUUGGCCGAAAUGUUCUCCCGCCGUUUACAAGUGCAAGAGCGCCUUACAAAACAAGUGGCUCUGGCCAUCAAGGAAGUGCUCAACCCCCGCGGCGUCGGUGUCGUCAUGGAGUCGUCGCAUCUAUGUAUGGUUAUGCGCGGUGUGCAGAAAACUACCAGCACCACGACAACAAGCUGCAUGCUGGGAUGCAUGCGAAGUAGCGCAAAGACCCGCGAAGAAUUCUUGACGCUCCUCCACCGCAGGUAG